AUGGCUCCAACUGGUAUAGCUGCCAUAAAUAUCAACGGAACAACCGUAAACACUGCUCUAGCAAUUCCAAGAGAAUGUGGGAAUAAUGUACCUGCAAUGUCUGACCAGAGAAGAACACAAAUGAGAUUGUCUUUGGCUGAAUUGAAACUUAUCAUAAUUGAUGAAAUAUCAAUGGUCUCAAACAUGGGUCUGCUGCAUAUUCACCAGAGAUUGAAAGAAAUAUUUGUUACACCUAAUAGUGAACUUUUUGCAGGAAUCAGUGUACUUGUUUUCGGAGAUUUCUUUCAGCUACCACCAAUUCGAAGCGCAACAACAUUUUCAAAUUAUAAGAAUGAUACAUUCAAUCUACACCAUCCAUGGCAUGUCUUUAAAAUGGCAGAACUAACACAGAUCAUGAGACAAAAAGAUGACCUCGCCUUCACUCAACUAUUAAAUAGAGUGCGCACCGCUUCACCUACAGACGAUGACAUCAGGUGUAUUCAAUCCAGAACAAUAACUCCAGGGGAUGAAAAUUAUCCAUCGGAUGCAUUACACAUCUUUGCAGAAAAUGCACCAGUAGAUGAGUACAAUAUUGAUCGCCUACAACAAAUUCAAUCACCACAGUACGUUUUAGAAGCUUUAGAUCAAUUCCCACCUCAUGUUAGAAAACAGGAUAUCGAUAGAGUGUUGUCUAAAGGAAGAUCCGAAACUGGAGGGCUUGACACUAAAAUCCUGAUCAAAGAAAAUGCGAGAGUUAUGCUCACGACCAAUGUGGAUAUUAGCGAUCGACUAAUUAAUGGCCAGUUAG